AUGGCAGCGUAUAACUCGAUUGUGUCUGCUAUUGAACAACGAGACAAUGCCAUAUUUUUUGUGGAUGGUCCCGGAGGGACAGGAAAGACAUACUUAUAUCGUGUUUUGUUAGCAACCUUAAGGAGUAAGGGUCAUAUUAUAUUGGCAACAGCAACAUCUGGAAUUGCAGCAACCAUAUUACCAGGUGGAAGGACAGCACACUCUAGAUUUAAAAUUCCCCUCAGUCCAGAUGCAUCUUCCACAUGUUCUAUUAGUAUCCAGUCAGAUUUGGCAGAAUUGAUAAGAAAAACAUCAGCUGUUGUUUGGGAUGAAGCACCAAUGGCACACAGGUUUGCAUUUGAGGCUCUCGAUCGAACGUUCAAAGAUAUAAUGGGCGUUGACCUACCAUAUGGAGGAAAGGUCAUAAUCUUUGGAGGAGAUUUUCGACAAGUUCUUCCAGUUGUUCCAAAAGACUUUUCAGAGUUCUUACUUCAUGUUGGUAAUGGGGAACAAGAAACUAUGAUAGACGACAUGAUGCAAUUACCAUCAUCUAUGGUUAUUCCAUGGAAUGGUGAAGAAUCCAUUGUCCAAUUGGUUAAUGAAGUUUUCCCCGAUUUGGAAUGUCAUGUAUGUGAUGCAAGAUACUUGGUGGAAAGAGCAAUUAUAACACCAAAAAAUGAGGAUGCUGACAAAAUCAAUAAAAUGAUCAUCGAUAAAUUUCCGGGGAUUGAACAUAUCUUAUACUCUUUCGAUUCAGUUGAGGACGAUGUGAGAAAUUUGUAUCAACAAGAAUUCUUGAAUUCAAUCUCACCUGGUGGAAUGCCCCCUCAUCAGUUAACUUUGAAAAAAGGUCCCCCGAUAAUGCUUUUGAGAAAUAUCGAUCCGAAGAUGGGGUUGUGCAAUGGUACAAGACUGGCGUGCCAUGGAGCUUACAAUAAUCUAAUUGAUGCCGAAAUCUUAUCUGGACAAUUUGCUGGAACUAGAGUGUUUUUACCAAGAAUCUCUUUAAAGACCACAGAAAGUGCAGGACUCCCAUUCGAAAUGAUGAGAAAACAGUUUCCAGUGAAAUUGAGUUUUGCACUAACUAUAAAUAAAUCACAAGGGCAGACAAUACCAAAUGUGGGUAUUUAUCUACCAGAUCACGUAUUCAGUCAUGGACAAUUGUACGUGGCUUUAUCAAGAGGAGUUUCAGCGUCUACAACAAAAGUCUUGGUAAAGAAAGGAGAGUUACACGGUAACGAAGGAGUCUUCACAAGAAAUGUUGUGUACAAAGAUAUUUUGCUUCCCUCGAAUUCAACAUAA